CGCUGCAGGACCUCGGCUGCAGCAGCUCCCUUGCUGCAGGAGCUCCGGCGCUGCAGCCGCAGCUCCCUUGCUGCAGGAGCCCCCGUGCUGCAGGAGCCCCCGUGCUGCAGGAGCCCCCGUGCUGCAGCAGCCCCGGUGCUGCAGCGUGCGGCUCCUUGCCCCCGGCGGGGAGGUGUGUGUGCCCGGCCGAGGGGCUCCGGCCGGUCCUGACCACCGCAGCCCCGGACCCACCCACCGACCGACGGGACGUAGAGCCGGCAUGUGGCGAGGGGUCCUGGCCCUCUCAGCCUCUCCUGGCACUGAAGCCGUCCCCCCGCCCCCCGUGGAUACCAGCAUGUGCCCCCACAGCCCCCACCGGGCAGAGGAAGACGGACGGCCGCUGCGCCCGACCCAGCCCCGGCCGGCGGGCACCUGGCCGGGCUCCGCCGCGGGCGAAGGGAGGAAGGACCCACCGGUGCUGGAGCCGUCCGGGAGGGCGGCGGGGGGCGGGCGAGAGGAGGGCUGCCCCGCCGACCCCCUGGCCGUCUCCCGCCUGCGCAGCUCCUCCGUGGAGAUCCGCGAGAAGGGCUCCGAGUUCCUGAAGGAAGAGUUACACAAGGCUCAGAAGGAGCUGAAGCUGAAGGAUGAAGAGUGUGAGCGAUUGUCAAAGGUCCGAGAGCAGCUGGAGCAGGAGCUGGAAGAACUGACAGCCAGUCUUUUUGAGGAAGCCCACAAGAUGGUGCGAGAGGCCAACACCAAACAGGCCGCGUCCGAGAAGCAGCUGAUGGAAGCCCGUGGGAAGAUCGACAUGCUCCAGGCCGAGGUGACGGCCCUGAAGACCCUGGUCAUCACGUCUACCCCAUCCUCUCCCAACCGGGAGCUGCACCCCCAACUCCUGAGCCCCACCAAGGCGGCCUUCCGGAAGGGGCACUCCCGCAACAAGAGCACGAGCAGCGCCGCCAUCUGCCCCGCCGCCUGUCCCGCCGCCUGCCCCGCCGGCGGCCACAGCCUCCCCUUCGACCCCGCCGGCCGCGAGUGCAAAGAGAUGGACUCGAAUCUAUUCGCCGAGUUCCAGGCCUGGAAGGAGAGCCCCACCCUGGAUAAAGCCUGCCCCUUCCUGGAGAGGAUUUAUCGAGAGGACGUGGGCCCGUGCCUGGAUUUCAGCAAGCGUGAGCUCUCGGAGCUGGUCCGGGCGGCCGUGGAAGAGAACACGCUCACCAUCGAGCCGGUGGCUUCCCAGACGCUUCCUGUGGUCAAGAUGGCAGCUCUCGAAUGCGGCGGGCCCAAUGGGCUGCGGGCACAGGUGGUGACGAAGUGUGCUCUGAGUGGCCUGGCUCGCGCCUGCAGGCACCGGAUCAAGCUGGGAGACUCUGGCAACUACUACUAUAUCUCCCCGUCCUGCCGGGCCAGGAUCACCGCCGUGUGCAACUUCUUCACCUACGUUCGCUACAUCCAGCAGGGCCUGGUGCGGCAGGACGCGGAGCUGAUGUUCUGGCAGAUCAUGCGGCUCCGGAAGGAGAUGUCCCUCGCGAAGCUCGGCUUCUACCCCAGCGAGGCCUAGAGUGGCGUGACGGAGCCCGGGCCGGUGGCGGAGAUGCCUCCCCAGUGGCUGCCCGGGAGAGACCGGGGGCUGCUCGAAGUGCCGAGCGUGUCGAGCGGGCCAAGCCUCGCGGGGGAACCACCCCGCCCCCCGGACCCUGGAGCUCUCGGGCAGGGCCAAGAGGGCUGCACGGGGACCCGGAGGAAGUCUCUCUUUGCUCUCUCUGUCUUUUCUCGCUGUCUCUGUCUCUCUCUCUGCUCUACGUCGCAAGCUGGAGAACCUCUGGAGGGAAUAGCUCCGCCUCCCGUGCGUGGCCUCUCUCCAGGGUCCUCUCCGAGAAGGGCCAAAGCCACCGGCUCUGGGCGGGCCCCGUCCGGAGAGACGCGACGCGUCCGUGGCGCCCCCUGCUACGCUUCGGACUCGGCUAUCGCCCGGUGCCCCGCACCCGGCCACGGCCCCCUCUGGCACGCACCUGCCCACCUUCUCCGGCCCCGGAGCGGGAAAGGUCCGGACGGCCGUGUGGGCGGGGCCCUUCCCCAAGCAGCUCAUCCCCCGACGGCAAGAGCGACAUCGGAGAUGCCCGUAGUAGCCGCAGUAGCCCGUGGAGCCGGGGGGGGACGACCCAGGCCGCCUCCUUGGCUCGAAACCCGGUCUGGCAGCCGUCUUGCCCACGUCUCCUCCCGAAGAUGGAAUCACCGCCCACUCCAGCACCCUUCUCCAGGAGGCAGCGUCUUCCCACACUCGGUGGGGGAAAAUCACACCUCAGACUCGGGCCGGGGCAUCCGCUGAGGGGGCCGAGUGGCCUUCGACUCACAGGCCCGGGGUGAGGUCCUUCCGCGGGAGGCCUGGCCGGGGCGGGGAUGGCAAGGCCUGGGCCGUGAUGGGGGCCGAGGCUCUCCGGGACACAGGCAAAUGGAGGCAGUUACCACUCAGGAAGGGGAGAGAGGCACUGGGAUUUGGGAAAGGCCCUCUCCCUUCCCCUCCCUCUCCCUGCUUCGCCGCGACCACUCUCUGUCUCACUGGAUUCUCUGAGCCGGGUAGGGACUCGGCUUGUCCUUCCUGCCCUCGAAGCCUCAGUCUCCCCACGGUUGGCUUUUCUCUGCCUGGGCCCUUGAGGCUCAGCUAAGUCGUGCGGGUGUCCCGGGCAGAGCCCCUCUGUCUCCCUGCAGGUCUUGGAAUUGGCCGAAGCGGGGACUACCUCUGCGCUUAGCCCCUUGGGCAGCUGCCCUGUGAGUGGGACUUUGGAGUGAGACCUUCACGGCCACUGGGAAGCUGAGGGAGCAUCAGAUGGGGGCCGGGUCAAGUUCAUUCUGGCCUGGGGCGGGCGAGUGGACCCUGGGGGGCCCCUCCCUGAGCCCGACGUGCGUUUGGCGGGAUUCGCCGGUACUGGCAUCUCGAGCGCCUUCUCAGCGACCCGGUCGUAUUUAUUGAGCGCUUACUGUGUGCAGAGCACUGUAUCAAGCGCUUGGAAUGUACAAUUCGGCAACAGAGACAAUCCCUGCCCAACGACCAGAGCAGGGGAGCCUGGCCCGCUUCCCACACCCGGCCUGUGGCCCGCCUGGCUCCCGCUGGUUGCCCCUCCCCUUCCCCCUUUCCCCUCCCGAGGUUGAGGGGGCCUGGGCACGGCGGGCGGGGCUCCCCAGGAGUGCUCCAGCCACGAGAGGGAGGAUGGCAGGGGAGUCCAGGAAUGUGGCCCAGUGACUUGGAGGCCAUCCCGGGAAAACGGAGGGCCUCUUCCACAAAAGGAAACAGGCUCGCCUCUUCUGGGGGGAACCAAAUAAGGAAGUGGGGCAGCGGAGGGCAGUGGGCGGGAAAGCGGAGCGGCCCCAGCUCCGUCUCCCUGCUUGCCGAGGGCGGGGGCGUCCGGCUCCUGCCGCGACCCCGUCCCGCGCCUCCCCCUGGAGUUUCAGCCCUGGGAUUCGUCACCGACGGAGGGUUGGGGUGGGGGCUUUCACGCUCUAGUCUCGAGGUCGGGGCCCCCUCCCCUCCCUGAGAUACUUAGAAGCAGUCCCAGGGAAGACCACCCUGUAGCUUCGGAGCCAAGGUCGAACUGGAGGUCCCAAGAGGUCCCCCGAGCCUCCGGCAGAGGCUUAACCUAUUUGGGGUGGCCGGGGACGGCUACCCACGGCUGCGUUACCCACUAGUAUUUUCUUCUUUUAAUAAAAUGUAACGUGAGUUCUAUUUAAUAAAUGAAGACUAUUGUUAA